AUGCGCAUGUCUAUGCCUCUCUUAACCCUCAUGGGUACAACAACCCUUCAAGUCUCAGCCUACAAUUUUUGGUUGUUGGAAGCCCUUAUGGAGGACGGAUGCGUUUCAACGGGUGAAUCCGGUGGUUGCGUGGGAUCUGUCAACGACUUGAUGUUGGUGUCUCAGGACGGAGACGAGCCAGGAUGCGUCCAAUUUGAUAGCGCUCGAGAUGCCGGAUCGUAUCCUCCGCCUAGCUACUUUCAAUCCGUAGCGUGUGGAGUCACGCUCAACUUUUAUGCUGGACAGGAUGCCGGCACCUAUGUUUACUACCAAAACAAUGGAAAUGGCGACCAACUCGGCUACUGCUAUCAAAACAACGGCCAAACUUAUAACUGCCUUGAUGACGAUGGAUUGGGUUUGACUGAGGUCACGGGGAGAUACACCUGUAAUAACUAUAGCAACGACGUCAAUGGGAUCAACCCAUGUACCUAA